AUGUAUCUGUUAUAUAUAUCAAGCACCCAACAACCAGACUUACCUCAAACCAAAAAACACAUUCAAAAAACCGUCGCAAAAGUCGAAACUCAAGACUGGGCCAGCCUAAAAUCCGACUUCAUCCUGCCCAUCCGAUUAUUUCUCACAGAGUCCCUCCUGGAAAAAGGCUGGAACAUCGUCUACAAAUCCUUCGGAACCAUCGAGCGCGUCGGAGACCCCAUCAUCACACCGGGAUGGCUCCUAACAACCGUCAAAAUCCCACUGAAACUCCAACAUGCCGAAUUCGCUUUACAAUUACAAAUGACGUCUGGCGGUAGUCUUGUCGGGUUUCACUUUACGGGUCUGGGAAACGGGUGGAAGGUACCAAGCUACGCCCCAGACAAUCCGGGGGCUCUGGAACAUGAAUCAGACAUAAUACUCGGACAAGGGCGAUUCAAAGUCGGAGCAACACUCUGCCUACCGCAUCUUGAAAAACCAAGCCCAACACCCGGGCCCAAGCCCGAGCGACCAUCCAAAUUCCCAUGCGCGGUAUUCCUCGCCGGUUCAGGCCCGUGUGAUCGCGACUCAACAAUCGGCGAAACAAAACCUCUCAAAGACCUCGCACUCGGUCUAGCAAGACACGGUAUUGCAUCAAUAAGAUUCGACAAAGUAACCCACACACACGGGAAAGCAUUUCGCAACAAAAAAGACAUCACCUUGACAGAUGAGUAUAUCGAGCAUGCUCUCGACGCGAUAAAACAAGCCCAUAACCACGCCAAUAUCGAAUCGAGCCAGAUCUUCAUUCUCGGACAUAGCCUAGGCGCGGUAGUUGCUCCCACACUAGCGUCCAUGGAUCUAGAUCCCCCGGUCGCAGGCUGUAUAAUCAUGGCAGGACCGGCGGAACCGAUUUACAAGAGUUAUAUUCGUCAACUUCGGUAUAUAGAGUCAUUGGAUGGACCUGAAUCACUGUAUGCGGGUAAACAGAUCGAGAAUGCGUGUGCUAAAGCGGCAAUGGCUGAUAGUGAGACUCUUACAUUGUCAACGGCUGCGAAUAAUUUACCCUUUGGAAUUGGGCCGGCUUAUUGGCUUGGUUACCGCCGGUUUGAUCCUAUGGGCACUUUGGCUGGGUUGAAGUGUCCAGCUUUGAUUAUGCAGGGUGGUAGGGAUUAUCAGGUUGCUCGAGAUGAUUAUCGGCAGUGGUGUGCUGCUUUGGAUGGGAGGGGGAAUGUUGGGUUCCGUUUUUAUGAAGGACUUAAUCAUCUUUUUGUUUUUGGGACGGGGGUUUCGACGCCGUUGGAGUAUAGCGUGCAGGGGAAUGUUGAUAAGCGGGUUGUGGUUGAUAUUGCGGGGUGGAUAUUGGAUACGUGUUGGUACUAG